AUGUCUUUCCAACAAGAACCAAAAAAUCCAAACAUGGAAGAAUACGGAUUGGCGGGUUCCAUUCUCAAGAAGAAACAGCAGCACUCUCCCAUGAAUACAAGUGGAGGUGAUGAUACUACCACAGCAGCAUACACCCAGGUAUCUUCUCCGUCCUCCUCCUCCUUCUCCUCAUCAAUACCCUUGGUGGUGGAACAUGAUCAGUCUUUUUCCGAGGGUCAGGUGGACCUCUUACGAACUCCCAUUUUCAUUCCCCUUGAUCUCUGGCUGAAUCAAGUGGGAGCUUACUUGGAUCCGUACGAUUGGCUGUUCGGAUUGUUUCCAAUCUUUGAGAGGAAUAUUUAUUCAAAAACACAUUUUGAAACAAGAGUCGUGAUGAAAGAAGAAGAAGGAAUAUCCUCUCCUUCUUCCUUCCAUUCACUCAUUUAUGGAAUGAAGAAGCGAGGAGUGGUUGAAAUUGAACAACAAUAUGCUCUCUUCUUUUCUCAACUGGCUCUCGUGAUUUUGAAACGUAUCAUGCGGUUUGGUAGUUUGAAAAAUCCUAUGGGAGGAAUUGCCAAUAGUCAUGGUAUUCCCAAAUCAUUUGUUUAUGCGGAGGCUGUCCGAUUGAAAGUUCCUUCAUGGACCGAAUUUAUACAAGUAAUUUAUGAAAAUUCAAGUAAUGAAUUGAAUUUUUCGCCCAAUAUUUAUCGAUCAUGGGUCAAGUUUGCAAAAAAGAUCAUCUUUCAUUGGCGGAGCAAGACUUUUUUGAUUGGCCAAUUGAAGGAGUAUUUGACAAUUCCAUCUGAGCAAUCAGAGUUGAAAAUUCACGACAUUAGAUGGAAUGUUUGUCUCUCACUCUCUGAGAAUAUUCAUUGGUCGACACCUUCCAAGUCAUCCUCUUCCUCCACAACAAGGAGCGACAUCGAUUUGAAUGAUACCACCAUUCUUCCGGCAAGAUUAUGUGACACAGCUACAAUGAGAAGAACCAAUGCAGGGUUUUCCCUGAUUCAACUGAGAUUUUCAAAGAAAUUCCUAGCAUCCAGAUUGGAAUCUCUCAUCAAUUUUGGAAUAUCAAGAACGAAUGAUUCAAAAUACCUCCAUGUGACUCCAGAAAAUGUCAACUCCAUUGCUACAUUUUUCUUUAAGAACAAAAUUGAAAAAUUGAAGGACAUUUGUAGCGGAAGCAUGAAAAGAACCUCGAAUGAAGUUGCCUUCGACAAUCCUUUCCUCACCCCAGAGUGGAUUCAAGUGACAGGCUCUUUAACCAUUCCUACACAAACGCAAUCUCCUUUCAAGCUUUAUAUCAUACAUGUUCAUGAUUUUGAGCUUUUAGAGAAUACUCGUGAAAAAAAACAUCUCUUCAAUCCAGACCAAACAGACACCAUACUUACCAGCAUUCUUCAUCAACGCGAAUUACUACAACAAAGUCAUUUUGACAUUGAGAAUGCCAAUUCCAGUUUCAUGACUGGACUCAUUUAUUGUAAAUCUGCCACUCUCUUACAUAUGGAUGUCCGUGACAAUAAGAGAUUAACUUUCAAAGUGGAGCCUCAUGUGAAAUUGGAACAACAAGUGAAAAAAACAUUCAUGGAACGAGUUAAAAAGUUCUUUGAAGAGUUUGACACUUCCUACGCAUUGGAGAACGAACACGAACGAACAAAUAUCAUGACUCUGUAUCAUAUUCAUCCAAAAUUGUAUCCAAUGUAUGGACUGAAGUGGCCAUCCAGUAUUGGAACCAUUCGACCUCUCAAGUUCUUACUCAAACCAGGAGAUUCUAUUCGAUUCAAAGGAAGAUUAUUGGACUCGAAGAACGUGUUGGCCUAUGAGGUGAGGUUGAACAAACCUUCCUUGUACAUUUGUACUCCCUAUGAGUUGCUGAAUGACAUUUUAUUUAAAGGGUCAUUUUUAGGGCUCUCUUUUUACUUGAGCUACAAGAAACUUUAUUUGGAUUAUUUGGAAGCAUUGAAAGAAACAGAAUCUGACAGUAGUCAUGUGACACUAUCUCAGUAUUUAAUGUAUUCCAUGGCAAAAGAAACUCUCAAAUUGAAUAUUGGAUUGUUGAUUUAUUAUAUUAUGGUUAAUUGGCCCUCCAAAUUUAUUCAAAUGUUUGCCUCUUUUCUUGGAUUCCGCAAGUUACCUGUUGGAACUGAUUUUGUGAAUCGAAUUUUGGAGAAUAUUAAUGCAGUCAUUUUGUUGUGUUUCCUCCUAGAGUCCAGAAGAACCAAUUCACAAUUCCACAAAGUAUCUGCAUCGUUUAUUAUGGACUACAUGAAAUGGAUUGCUCAAUGGUACUUGUUAUUCUUUGGUUUCAAAAUUGGUUACACUGCAUUGCCAACUUUCCUUAAGGCUGGUUCGCGCAUUGGUGGUUAUUUGAGACAAAAGUUUUACCAAAUACGAUGGUUCUUUUUUGAUAAGUUUUUCAACAAGAAUUUUUGA